AUGAACCAAAAAUCCUCUGUGGAAAUCUAUCAGUGCAGAAUCGCAUUGUGUCGAUUACGGACAUUCAGAACAGAGCUAGCACACUUGCAUAUACAGGUGCACGCAUUUACAAGCAUACCGAAGUCGAAUGAUGCAAGCAUGUGUGUGCAGUCGAUCGGUAGUAAGUGCACAUUUGCAAGGAAUUAUCUUUGUCUUUCGUAUUUUCUCUAUCUUGCUUUCUUUACAACUGGUUCUAUUCUCAUUUCUUUCUUUCUUUUUUCCUUUUUCUUUCUUUCUUUCUUUCUUUCUUUCUUUCUUAACAAUCAGUUCUAUUCUCGUGAAUUUAUUUUUCUUUCUUUCUUUCUUUCUUUCUCAACAUCCAGUUUUAUUCUCGUGAAUUUAUUUUACUUUCUCUUUCUUUCUUUCUUUCUUUCUUUCUUUCUUUCUUUCUUUCUUUCUUUCUUAACAAUCAGUUCUAUUCCCCUGAAUUUCUUUCUUUCUUUCUUUCUUUCUUUCUUUCUUUCUUUCUUUCUCAACAUCCAGUUUUAUUCUCGUGAAUUUAUUUUACUUUCUCUUUCUUUCUUUCUUUCAUUCUUUCUUUCUUUCUUUCUUUCUUUCUUUCUUUCUUUCUUUUCUUAA